UUCAUAAGAGUGUGUGCCGUAGAUCUAUCAUCAUGGUCUACCUAUUUCCAAAAAAAGCCCUUCUUUGAGAGAGAGAGAGAGAGAGAGAGAGAGGAUGAAAGGAGGAACGACGGAGGCCGAAAAUCUCCCUCUCCAUAGGCUGGAGGUCGAUCCUCGAGCCAAGUUCAACCGUGCGCACGCACUAGUGUACGCGUGCGCCAUUUUAGCUCUGUUCUACCACCGAUCUCUUCAUCUCAUCCGUUCAAAUGACUUCCUCUCCUUCUCUCUCUUCCUUUUCAUGUUACUGUCCGAAAUGGUUCUGGCCUUCAUGUGGGCCGCAACACAGAGUUGCAGAUGGCGGCCCAUCCGUCGAUGGUCGUUCCCUGAAAACCUGUCCAAACUCGUCGACGAUCGGGAUCUUCCAGCACUAGAUGUGUUCAUCUGCACGGCGGAUCCUCGCAGGGAGCCACCGAUGAGCGUUGCGAACACCGCUCUGUCGACGAUGGCGUUCGAUUAUCCGACGGAUAGAAUUUCGGUCUAUGUUUCGGAUGAUGGAGGGUCGGAUCUUACUCUGUUUGCUUUCAUGGAGGCCGCCAAAUUUGCCAGGCAUUGGUUGCCCUUCUGCAGGGAGAAUGGGGUUGAAGAAAGGUGCCCAAAAGCGUUCUUUAGAUCCAACGACUGCGAUUCAUCCUCGGAGAAAAUAAAGAUGAUGUAUGAAAGCAUGAAAGAGAAGGUUGAGAGGAUGGAGGUGAGGGGUUCCGUGAUCGUUGAUCAGAUCACGGGCGAUGACGAACGCGAAGCUUUCAAGAAAUGGACGGCUGGAUUUACUCGUCAGGAUCAUCCUACGGUUAUUCAGGUUUUGUUAGAAAGUGGAAAAGACAUGGAUGUCACGGGCCAUAAACUGCCAAACCUUGUAUAUGUCUCUAGAGAGAAAAGGAGAUCUUCUCACCACAAUUUUAAGGCCGGUGCCCUCAACGUUCUGCUCCGAGUAUCGGCUGCAAUGAGCAAUGCACCUGUAGUCCUUAACCUCGACAGUGACAUGUUUGUAAACGAUCCUCAAGCGCCUCGGCAAGCAUUGUGCUAUCUCUUGGAUCCUGCAAAGGCCCCAACGCUUGCCUUUGUCCAGUUCCCUCAACGCUUCCAUGGUAUCGACAAGAACGACAUCUACGGCUGCGAACACAGGCGCCUGUAUCAGAUCAAUCCAGUGGGAGGAGAUGGGCUCGUCGGCCCACAUUACGUUGGCUCUGGAUGCUUCUUCAAUCGGUGGGCAUUCUAUGGGGGACCAUCACCAUUGUCGUCACAGUUGGAUAUACAGAAUUCUGAUUAUCACCACACCCUGAACUGUUGGAUUCGAUCAGAUGCGGUCAUAAAAAUGGCCCAUCAGGUGGCGAGGUGUACAUACGAGAAUGGCACGGAAUGGGGCUCCAAAGUGGGCUUCAGAUACGGGUCCCUCUCUGAGGAUUUCUUCACUGGUUUCAGAAUGCACUGCAAAGGCUGGGAAUCGGUCUUUUCCCACCCGUCGAAGGCGGCGUUCUUGGGCGAAAUGCCGAUAAACCUCGUUGAUGCACUUAGCCAGAACAAGAGAUGGUGUAUUGGACUGUUGGAGGUGACUUGCUCCAGGUACUGCCCACUAAUAUUCGGGACCGCCCGACGUUCGUUGCUCAUGGCCUUGUGCUAUUGUUACAACUCAUUCUGGAGUUUUUGGUGCAUCCCCAUCACAACCUACGGCUUCCUCUUACCACUGGCCCACCUCAAUCAAAUCCCACUCUUCCCCGAGACAUCGAAUCCUUGGUUCUACUUGUACAUGUACCUUUUCUUGGGAGCUUAUACUCAAGAUCUUGUUGACUUUCUGGUUGCUGGAGGAACGAUCCGACGGUGGUGGAAUGAUCAUAGGAUGUGGAUGAUUCGAGGAGUAACGUCUUAUCUCUUUGGGCUCAUGGAGUUCUCGCUCCAACAAAUCGGACUUCCCAGCGCUGGAUUCAACGUAACUUGCAAAGCAAUCGAUGGCGAACAAGACAAGCGGUAUAAGCAAGGGAUGUUCGAGUUUGGAGUUGCGUCGCCCAUGCUCGUGCCGCUUGCUACAGUUGCUGUGAUCAACCUCAUCUCCUUCGUGGUGGGCCUUGCAAGGGCGUUGAUGAAUGGCGACUUUGAAGAAAUGUUUGUGCAGCUAUUCAUUUCAGGUUUUGUGACCGUGAAUUCAUGGCCUAUUUAUGAAGCCAUGGUCUUGAGAAGAGAUGGGGGGAGAAUGCCUACAAAAAUUACGGUGAUAUCUGUUUUGCUAGCAUGGUUUCUUUACAUGGUAGCAUCGUCCACCCUCAGAUUUUGAAAUCUUGUACGGUUAAGAAAGUUAUCGUUUUUCAUGUGUGCCCAUCAUUUUAAUGACCUUUCGGAUUUUUAUUUUUUUUAAUCUUCUUUAUCAUGCUCGCAUGAUUUUAGAAGCUGGGAUUUGAGGAA